AUGGUGCUGGUGUUUAUGCUGCUGAUCCUCAGCAAAAGGUUGUCCGCCAUCGUCGCGCUUAUUGUGGUGCCUGUGGUGUUUAGUCUAGCCAUCGGUAGUGGCCCACAGACAGGCGAGAUGGUGAUGGGCGGUAUCCUCAAGGUGGCACCUACGGCAAUAAUGCUGAUGUUCGCCAUUCUGUUUUUUGCCGUGAUGUAUGACGCCGGCCUGUUUGAGCCGGCGAUUCGGCGGAUUAUGCGUUCGGUAGGAGAUGACCCGCUGCGCAUCACUAUUGGUACCGCUGCGCUGUCGACGAUCAUCUCCCUCGAUGGCGACGGCUCCACCACUGUGCUGGUGGUGAUCAGCGCAUUUCUGCCAGUCUACCUGCGCUUAGGUAUGAACCCCCUGAUUCUCGCAGUGAUGUUGCUGCUGACCAAUACCAUCCUCAACGUGGUGCCUUGGGGUGGGCCAACCGCACGUGCCGCCAGCGCCUUGCACCUGGACGCAAUGACGGUAUUCACCGGGUUGCUGCCAACUCUUGUGAUCGGGCUGGCUUAUGCCUUUGCGGCAGCUUGCCCUGACUCUCGGUUUGGUGAUGUCGAUGGGAUUGAGGCUUGCUCCCCUGCCGGUGCUAAUGAUGGGGGGUUGGCCGUGGCGCUGGUGAUCAACUACCCCCGUCUGGUCGACCAGAAAGAGCGCAUCGCCGCUCAUUCGGAAAGUGUGCUUACCGUGAUCGCGCUGAUUUUCGCCGGAGGCGCUUUUACCGGAGUUCUGAGCGGGACGGGAAUGGUGGCUGCCAUGUCUCAGGCAUUCCUUAAUAUAGUUCCUGAUUCGGCUGGCCCAUACAUGAGUGUGAUAGCUGCAGUGGCAGCCAUUCCCUUCACCUUCUUCAUGUCCAAUGACGCGUUCUUCUUCGGCAUCCUACCCAUUCUUAGUGGUGCGGGGGCGCAAUACGGGGUCGACCCAUUGCACAUUGCCCGCGCCUCGCUGCUUGGUCAGCCGGUACAUGGUCUGAGCCCGCUACUGGCUCCGGCGUACCUGUUGAGCGGUUUACUACAACGCGAUGUAGGUGACCUGCAGCGGUACUGCCUGAUUUGGGCGUUUGGCAGCUCUUUUGUGUUGAUUCUCGCCGCGUUAGCAACGGGCGCCAUUAUC